AUGCUGGGAUCGGGGCUGAAGGCGCCCUUGAAGAGUUUGCCUCCAGCGUUUGCUCCGAUGGCUUGCGCGAAGCGGAGGCUCUGCGUGGCUGGUUUGAUCAAGGCCCUGGCCCUCAAGUUGAGUGCUCAGAUCAAGGUGGAUUGUGAGAUGCUGUUCGCUCGCUUUGAUGUGGAUUCCGAUGGUCUACUGGAUAAGGCCGAGGUAAAGAGCUUGCUCCGAGCAGUGCUUUUCCAAAAGUGCAAGUCUGUUGUGUUGGAUGCUGACGUGCUUCCACGAAAGCGCCUGAGAAAUGCCUACCAAAUCCUGCGCAAGCUGGGCGAGGGUGGUCAAGGUGCCAUGUAUUUGGCACAACAUCGCAGGGUCGGGGCAAAGCGAUGCGUGAAGUUCUACCCCAAAGGUGCACCCAACGCGCCGAUAGAAGAUAUUCUCUUCGAGUUUGAGGUGAUGAAGACUUUGGACAGCCCACAUGUGGCUCGCACAUACGAGAUUUUUCAAGAUGGCUCCUGGUUUUACAUCAUCAGUGAGCCCUACACUGGGGGAGACCUCACGAAACUCGUGGCUUCCGCCUCAGAAGCCCAGGUGAAGGUCACAGAGGAAUGGCUGAGCAACAUCUUCAGCCAAGUGCUGAAGGGCUUGGUUUUUCUACAUUCCAAGAAGAUUCUGCACUGUGACCUAAAGGAGUCGAACGUCAUGGUAGCUGAAGAUCUCAAAGUAAAUUUUCAGAACCCACAUGUCAUCCUCAUUGACUUUGGUUUGUCCUCCACAUUUCUAUCCACAGAGCGGGGCGUUUGGGGUACUCCAGGCUAUAUUCCACCGGAGACCUUCGUAUCACUCUUCUGGGUUCCGAAAGGUGACAUUUUCUCAGCUGGUGUCAUGUUCUACCAGAUUCUCUCAGGAAGACAGGCUCCUUUUGCGCAUCCUUCAUCGCCUCAGACACACAGCUCGGGAGGCGAGGCGAACUGGGACGUGGUGGAAGAACGCACGCGGCAGAUCGAUCUGCCGGUGGAUGGCAUCAGGGCGUCCCUGUCCUGUAAGGCCAUGUUGAAGCAGAUGACCUCCAAAGACUUCAAAUUGAGGCCAACUGCUCGCGAAUGUUUGGAGCUGCCUUGGUUUUCCCAAGCAAAACCGGAAAGCCUCGUGGCAACGGCUGCGUUGGAUAGACUGAAGGCAUUGCAGACACGUUCAGCAUCCCAGAAAGCGAUUUUUGAGAAGAUGCUCUCUGCAUGCAACCUUGCACAAAUGCGCAGCCUGAAUGAUCUUUUCAGGAGGCUGGACAAAGAUGGUGAUGGCAUUGUCACCAAGCAGGAAGCGCAGGAGGCUUUGCGCGAGACAGACAUCCGGCCAGAGAUGCUGCAAAGGCUGGUGGGAAUCUUGACUGGCCCUGACGGCAUGGGGGUGGAGUACAGCGCCUUUAUGGCGCAGAUGAUUGGGGAAGAAGUGCUGCACGAAGGUGUGCGUCUAUGGGACCUCUUCUGUGAGUUGGACCUGGAUGGAGAUGGCUAUUUGACGCGUGAGGAGUUGCCUGGCUUGGUGGCUGCCUGCAAAUUCAACCCAGGCGAGGCUGAGCGAUUGCUGCUGGAGCUGGAUUCGGAUGGUGAUGGCCGCGUGUCAUUCCAAGAAUUCAAAAGCGCAUGCCUUUCCGGAGUGGAUCUCAGCUUCUCGCGCCGGCUGCGAGAUGGAUGGCUUUGGCCAUGGUGA